CCAAGAUUGGCAGCUCCGGAGUUAAGAUGUCCAACCGAACAGUGUGCAGAGAAGCAAGUCACGCUGGCAGUUGGUACGCCGCCUCAGCAGGUGUACCAAGAUGGAGGCACAGUGGCUUCAACACAAUGGUGAGGGAGUACCAAGAUGGAGGCACUGUGGCUUCAACACAAUGGUGAGGGAGGACAAAGAUGGAGGCACUGUGGCUUCAACACAAUGGUGAGGGAGGACAAAGAUGGAGGCACUGUGGCUUCAACACAAUGGUGAGGGAGUACAAAGAUGGAGGCACUGUGGCUUCAAUACAAUGGUGAGGGAGUACCAAGAUGGAGGCACCUUGGCUUCAAUACAAUGGUGAGGGAGUACCAAGAUGGAGGCACUGUGGCUUCAAUACAAUGGUGAGGGAGUACCAAGAUGGAGGCACUGUGGCUUCAACACAAUGGUGAGGGAGUACAAAGAUGGAUGCACUGUGGCUUCAACACAAUGGUGAGGGAGUACCAAGAUUGAGGCACUGUGGCUUCAAUACAAUGGUGAGGGAGUACCAAGAUGGAGGCGCUGUGGCUUCAACACAAUGGUGAGGGAGUACCAAGAUGGAGGCGCUGUGGCUUCAACACAAUGGUGAGGGAGUACCAAGAUGGAGGCACUGUGGCUUCAACACAAUGGUGAGGGAGUACCAAGAUGGAGGCACUGUGGCUUCAAUACAAUUGUGAGGGAGGACAAAGAUGGAGGCACUGUGGCUUCAAUACAGAGCACCCUAUGGAGCAAUUUCAGUGCCAAAAGAAACUGCAUUUGAAUUCAAUAUUUUUUAAUUUGGAUAUUGAAUUUGAAUGUAAUAGUUUGGAAAUGCACACAUUUUCUAAUUUAAAUCAUAAAUUUAACUUGUAUUUCAUGGUUUGAAACGGAAUUGAAAUAAUAUUGCUUUCAGUUUUAAAUGUCUAAUUACAUUUUGAAAUUCAAUAAUUAUUCAGUUUCAAUACGGUACAUAUUACAUGCAUUGUUUGUAUCGAGUUUCCAAACUAUAAUUUCAAGUUUCUCAAAGUGUCAUUUAUUUUCUUCCAAUGAAAUUGGCUCUAGCGUUUGAACCGUUUGCCUAUACACUGUUAUGAUCCCAUUUCUGAAAGCUAAGACUCUUAGCCUUCUGUUCCCCUCUAUAGACACGUUAUAAUGGAGUGUGAAUAGCCCUGUCAUAGCCCAAUAACACUCACUAAUUAAUCUUGAUCUUGUGACUGACUGGGUGUGAACCAGGUACCCUUUGACCUCAAAAGAGACAAUCUAUGCCUAGGCUUAAGCUCAGUAGGCUAACCGUCUUAACCCAGUCAGUCACAUUACCCCUUUUAUAAUGAGUACUCUUGCAAGAGACUUGUCUAGCUAACACGUCUUCAGGUCUCCGCCAAGUAUCUCAUCACACAAGCGUGGGUCACCAAACCGCACUAUUUUCUAUUUUGAUGACUAACCUUGCUAGAUCUUGAAGGGAUUAAUGUAGCAGAUGAAAUCUGUGAAACUCACUCCUCAGGCCUGAAGUUUUGCGACCGGAGGGAGGGGGUUUCAAGGCAGAGGUCUAAUAAUUAUUCUGUGGUCAGGUGGGUCUUUAUUCCGUGGUCAGGUGGGUCUUUGUUCCGUGGUCAGGUGGGUCUUUGUUCCGUGGUCAGGUGGGUCUUUGUUCCGUGGUCAGGUGGGUCUUUGUUCCGUGGUCAGGUGGGUCUUUGUUCCGUGGUCAGGUGGGUCUUUGUUCCGUGGUCAGGUGGGUCUUUGUUCCGUGGUCAGGUGGGUCUUUGUUCCGUGGUCAGGUGGGUCUUUGUUCCGUGGUCAGUUGUAACUUUUGAUUGAUUGCGUUUGAGAAAGGUCUACUGGUGUGCAUUAAUUUGGUCAGCGCGUCCACACACAUCAUUGUUAAUCUGAUCAUUGCAUAUUUAUUAUCUCCGGCCUCGAGGUCACCAAGCUGCUUGUUAUGGUGCACACGUGCCUCCAUCGUUACGUGUAUCAGCGCAUAAAUAAUGACACUCACCUGGACUCCAUCACCUCCUUCAUUACCUGCCCUAUGUCACUCCCUUUGGUUCCUACCCUAUAUGUCCCUCCCUUUGGUUCCUUCCCUAUAUAUGUCACUCCCUUUGGUUCCUACCCUAUAUGUCACUCCCUUUGGUUCCUUCCCUAUAUGUCACUCCCUUUGGUUCCUACCCUAUAUGUCACUCCCUUUGGUUCCUUCCCUAUAUGUCACUCCCUUUGGUUCCUUCCCUAUAUGUCACUCCCUUUGGUUCCUUCCCUAUAUGUCACUCCCUUUGGUUCCUUCCCUAUAUGUCACUCCCUUUGGUUCCUACCCUAUAUGUCACUCCCUUUGGUUCCUACCCUGGGAUGUCACUCCCUUUGGUUCCUACCCUAUAUGUCACUCCCUUUGGUUCCUACCCUAUAUGUCACUCCCUUUGGUUCCUACCCUAUAUGUCACUCCCUUUGGUUCCUACCCUAUAUGUCACUCCCUUUGGUUCCUUCCCUAUAGAUGUCACUCCCUUUGGUUCCUUCCCUAUAGAUGUCACUCCCUUUGGUUCCUUCCCUAUAGAUGUCACUCCCUUUGGUUCCUUCCCUAUAGAUGUCACUCCCUUUGGUUCCUUCCCUAUAGAUGUCACUCCCUUUGGUUCCUUCCCUAUAGAUGUCACUCCCUUUGGUUCCUUCCCUAUAGAUGUCACUCCCUUUGGUUCCUUCCCUAUAGAUGUCACUCCCUUUGGUUCCUUCCCUAUAGAUGUCACUCCCUUUGGUUCCUUCCCUAUUGAUGUCACUCCCUUUGGUUCCUUCCCUAUUGAUGUCACUCCCUUUGGUUCCUUCCCUAUAGAUGCCACUCCCUUUGGUUCCUUCCCUAUUGAUGCCACUCCCUUUGGUUCCUUCCCUAUUGAUGCCACUCCCUUUGGUUCCUUCCCUAUUGAUGCCACUCCCUUUGGUUCCUUCCCUAUUGAUGUCACUCCCUUUGGUUCCUUCCCUAUUGAUGCCACUCCCUUUGGUUCCUUCCCUAUAUAUGUCACUCCCUUUGGUUCCUUCCCUAUUGAUGUCACUCCCUUUGGUUCCUUCCCUAUAGAUGUCACUCCCUUUGGUUCCUUCCCUAUUGAUGCCACUCCCUUUGGUUCCUUCCCUAUUGAUGUCACUCCCUUUGGUUCCUUCCCUAUUGAUGCCACUCCCUUUGGUUCCUUCCCUAUAUAUGUCACUCCCUUUGGUUCCUUCCCUAUUGAUGUCACUCCCUUUGGUUCCUUCCCUAUUGAUGUCACUCCCUUUGGAUCCUUCCCUAUUGAUGCCACUCCCUUUGGUUCCUUCCCUAUUGAUGCCACUCCCUUUGGUUCCUUCCCUAUUGAUGCCACUCCCUUUGGUUCCUUCCCUAUUGAUGUCACUCCCUUUGGUUCCUUCCCUAUUGAUGUCACUCCCUUUGGUUCCUUCCCUAUUGAUGCCACUCCCUUUGGUUCCUUCCCUAUAUAUGUCACUCCCUUUGGUUCCUUCCCUAUUGAUGUCACUCCCUUUGGUUCCUUCCCUAUUGAUGUCACUCCCUUUGGAUCCUUCCCUAUUGAUGCCACUCCCUUUGGUUCCUUCCCUAUUGAUGCCACUCCCUUUGGUUCCUUCCCUAUAGAUGUCACUCCCUUUGGUUCCUUCCCUAUUGAUGCCACUCCCUUUGGUUCCUUCCCUAUUGAUGCCACUCCCUUUGGUUCCUUCCCUAUAGAUGUCACUCCCUUUGGUUCCUUCCCUAUAGAUGCCACUCCCUUUGGUUCCUUCCCUAUUGAUGUCACUCCCUUUGGUUCCUUCCCUAUUGAUGCCACUCCCUUUGGUUCCUUCCCUAUUGAUGCCAUUCCCUUUGGUUCCUUCCCCAGGCGUCAUUGUUUCAAGUCUGUGCGUUGUUCUUGUUUUGUAUUAUGAUUGCUAUGUAUUUAUUUAACGUUUCACUUCCUGAUCUUGCUUCCUGACUGCUAGCGUGCAUGCCAGUAUUCCCUUUGGAACUGUAGUCUUUUAGUAUAGGUGUUAGUAGUAUAUUUUUCUUCUACUGUGUGUGUGUGUCAUUGUUCCUGCAUACUGCUGUGUAAACUCACCUUGGUCUCCAGAGUAAAUAAACUCUGUCUUGAAUACAAAA